AUGGACAUGAAAACCUGCCUGACUUACACGAGCUACCUGGUGACCCUCCUAGAAGCGAUUGGCGUCUUCCUGGCCGUCUUCAGCUUGCCUCAGCAGGAGAGAGCUUUGAUGCAAACCCUACCCGAGUACACGGGCUACUUGCUGACAGUCCAGCUGCCAGAGUUCUGGGGUCCCGUGCACGUCGUGGUGCCAGAUUGGUGCAAGGAGUUUGACAAGAACGAAGAGGCGGUUUCCGGGAGUGCGAGGCUUAUAUCAGUCAGCCAAGUCGAUGGGGUCUACGUGGAUGACUCGGCGGAUGACCAGCAAUGGGACCAGGAAAUCCCAAGCUCGAGCCAGGAGGAUCCCAAUUCGGUCAUGAAUAUACACCAGUACGACGAGAAGGUUGUGAUCAACAAGUGUGGGCGGCGCAUUGAGUACAGAUGGCCAACCCCGAUGCAGGACUUUUGGGCCCUACGUUGGCUGGCCGGGAAAGACUCCGUCCCCGAGCUCCGCUAUACGAGGCAAACCAUGCUAUGGUAUGCGAUUGUGCUGGUGUUCGCCAUUGUGGUCGUCGAGAACGGCGUGUCGUUUUACGGCAAGUGGUCCAAGGUCCAGUCGCUCUGCUUGACAGUUGGGCAGGGCCUCAUGUUUGUUUUGUCCUCUUUCUCAAAGCUGGCUUUGGUGAUGCUGUAUUGGGUGUACUGGUACAACAACAGCUAUGUGAUGUGCUACAUCCCUGGCUUGGGACUCUCCCUUACUCUCGCGCUGCCGAUUGUGUACUUGUUCUCCUGGACGGUAAAUAGUUUCUGCCAGCAGCAGGCUGUUCAGAAUGCCUCCCUCGUUCUUAUGGUUCUGUCCAUUUUCCUGUUUGGUUGCUUGUGCAUUGUGCUCCUUGGGUACUUCGUCUUCACAGCCCAGUUCAUCUACAAGACUUGGGCAUCUGAGAAGGUGGAAGAUUACAGUCUUGGCUACCUCCAUGUUGACACCAGCUUAUCCGCAAAUGCGAAACUGCUCGGGUCAGAGUUGGAAGAAGGAAAGCAAGCCUUGAAAAGGGCUCUCGGAUUGAUGGGUUUUGCUUCCGUGUUCGGGACAGUGGUGGAUGUCAUCUUCUGUUUUCAAGAGUCCAUGUCCUACGUGCCGCCUGAAUACUUGGAAUAG